GCCCAACAACCUUUCCGACUGGCCCAAACCAACUCCCAAGUCCCAUCCCAACCGAGGCGACGCAGCCGCCGCCGGCUGAACCUAAACCCCUCGACGCAGCCGCCGCCGGCGUAGGGGAGAGGGGCACGGGCACGGCACGGGGACGGAAAUGGCGGAGGGGAACGGCGGCAGUCGCGCCGAGGCUGGCGUCCGCGAGUCCUCCGAGCCCUCGCCGAAGCGCUCCUCGAUCCCCGCCAUGCCGCACGAAGAAUGCGUCGAGGGCAUCCGCUCCGCGCUCAAACAUCCCACGGUGCGGUUCCUGAGGGAGCGGAUGGAGAGUGCCGGGUGCCUGGUGUGGCCGCGCCUCAUCCGGGCGGCGACCUGCUCCUCCGCCGGCGGCUACGCUAGCCAGCAAGGGAUACAAGUUUGCUGCAAUCACAUGACCUGUCAAGAUGAGAUAACUCAGGUCAUGAUUCAUGAACUGAUACAUGCUUAUGAUGACUGUGUUGCCAAAAAUCUGAACUGGACGAAUUGUGCUCACCAUGCUUGCUCUGAGAUUCGAGCCAAUCACCUUAGUGGUGAUUGCCAUUACAAACGUGAAUUGUUGCGUGGUUUCAUGAAGAUAAAGGGUCAUGAGCCUGAAUGUGUCAAAAGGCGGGCUCUGAUGUCUGUGAAAAACAACCCAUACUGCUCAGAGGGUGCUGCAAAAGAUGCAAUUGAUGCUGUAUGGGAUAUAUGCUACAAUGACACACGCCCAUUUGAUAGAGCCCCAUGAAAUAUUUUCAGAACCUGGGAUACAUUAGCUAUUUUGUGCACACCUGCAUUGAUAUUCUGAGCCCCUUCAGAAACUUGUAUUUCAGCAACCUGUGUCAGCAAAGUACAGAAAUUUUCUGCUGUAGCCAAGGCGUGCUGCAUCCCGCGAUGAGUCUGCACACACUAACGAUUUAAUUCGUGUAAUUCAAUUCUUUUACACGAUAUCCCGACAAAGUUUAAUAAAUUAUAAACGUAAAGUUUGUU